GGGCUCUCACUUCCGCCCAGGUGAGCAAGGCGGACGCCGAGCGCCCCCGGCCCGCGCUCCCGCCGUGCCUGCACCGGACCAGGUUUCUUUAAAAAGUGAUUGAAGAGAAGAAUUCAAAAUGCCUGAAAAUCCUGCUACAGACAAAUUGCAGGUGCUGCAGGUCCUCGAUCGCCUGAAAGGGAAGCUGCAGGAGAAGGGAGACACGUCGCAGAAUGAGAAGCUGUCUCUGUUUUACGAGACCCUGAGGAGCCCUCUCUUCAACCAGAUCCUCACCCUGCAGCAGUCCAUCAAGCAGCUGAAGGGGCAGCUCAGCCAUGUGCCCUCAGACUGUUCGACCAACUUUGAUUUUUCGAGGAAAGGUUUGUUGGUGUUCACCGAUGGUUCCAGUAGUAAUGGGAAGGCCAGCAGGUCCUCUAAUAACUUGACCGUAUCUGGGUUAUUUCCUUGGACCCCAAAGCUGGGAAAUGAGGACUUCAACUCAAUCAUUCAACAGAUGGCUCAGGGCCGGCAAAUUGAAUACAUAGAUAUAGAACGACCUUCCACUGGUGGCCUUGGGUUCAGUGUGGUGGCCCUUAGGAGGCAGAACGUGGGGGAAGUGGAUAUCUUCGUGAAGGAGGUGCAGCCGGGGAGCGCGGCAGCCAGGGAUCAGAGAUUGAAGGAGAAUGACCAGAUCCUGGCCAUUAAUCACACGCCUCUGGAUCGGAACGCUUCCCACCAGCAAGCAAUUGCCCUCUUACAGCAGAGCACCGGCUCCUUAGGGCUGGUUGUGGCCAGGGAACCAGUGCACGCAAGAAGCAGUUCUUCUGCCAGCCCGUCAGAGACCACCCUUCCUGAAACAGUUCGUUGGGGCCACAUUGAGGACGUUGAGCUCAUUAACGAUGGCUCAGGACUGGGUUUCGGAAUAGUUGGAGGAAAAUCAUGUGGUGUGGUUGUGAGGACAAUUGUUCCUGGAGGAUUAGCAGAUCGAGAUGGAAGACUUCAGACAGGGGACCACAUCUUGAAGAUCGGUGGCACAAACGUACAGGGCAUGACCAGCGAGCAGGUUGCUCGCGUUCUGAGGAACUGUGGGAGUUCCGUCAGGAUGCUUGUUGCCAGGGACCCAACUGGUGAGACUUCAGUGCCCCCUCCUGCCCCGGCAGCCUUACCUGUUGCCCUCCCGACUGUGGCCAGCAGGAACCCUGGUUAUGACAGUUCUCUUUUUGAAACUUACAGUGUUGAACUCAUUAAAAAAGAUGGACAGAGUCUCGGGAUUAGAAUCAUCGGCUAUGUUGGGGCCCCUCACACAGGAGAGGGAUCAGGGAUUUAUGUGAAAAGCAUCAUUCCCGGCAGCGCUGCCUUCCACGACGGCCACAUUCAAGUCAAUGACAAAAUUGUUGCUGUUGAUGGUGUAAAUAUUCAGGGUAUGGCCAACCAGGAUGUUGUGGAAGUGCUACGGAACGCAGGGCAGGUGGUGCACCUGACCUUGGUUCGCAGGAGGACGUCCUCAUCUGCUUCUCCACUUGAACGGCCUCCAGACAGAGGAAUUGCAGAACCACCAAAAACAUCGUCUAUCUUCCUAACUGGAGUGGUGGAAACAGAAACUAAUUUGGAUGGUGAAGAUAAGGAAGUAGAAGAAACCCUGGAUAAUCUCAAAAAUGACAGCGUACAGGCCGUAGACAAAUUGGAAAGAGUUCCAGACUCUCCAGAAGAAAAUGAGCUGAAAUCCAGAUGGGAAAGCCUUUUGGGUCCUGAUUAUGAAGUAAUGGUCAAUGGCGUGCAGCUCUAUGGGAAAUCUCGCAGAGAAACAGUCUCCUUUCUGAAGGAAGCUCCACCCCCUUUCACCCUGGUGUGCUGUCGGAGGUUGUUUGAUGAUGAGGCCUCUGUGGAUGAACCAAGGACCACCGACACCUCUGCUCUGGAUGUGGAGGUGGAGCACAGUGUGGACAACAGCCCUGGAGAGGACGAUGAAGGAGAGUUAGCACUCUGGUCGCCAGAAGUCAAGAUCGUUGAGCUGGUAAAAGAUCAGAAAGGCCUGGGAUUCAGCAUUUUGGACUACCAGGACCCUUUGGAUCCCACAAGAUCAGUGAUCGUGAUCCGUUCCCUGGUAGCAGAUGGAGUAGCAGAAAGAAGUGGUGGGCUCCUCCCUGGGGACCGCUUGGUCUCAGUCAACGAGUACUGUCUGGACAACAGCACACUCGCCGAAGCAGUGGAGGUCUUGAAAGCUGUGCCACCAGGCACUGUGUACCUUGGCAUCUGUAAGCCUUUGGUGGAAGAUGAUAAAGAAGAAGAAAGUUAUGUUUUACAUUCAAGCCACGAUGAAGAUCAGACUGAACUUUCAGGAACAAUUCAUGAUAUAAAUUCAUCUUUAAUUCUUGAAGCACCUAAGGGAUUUAGAGACGAACCACAUUUUAAAGAAGAACUUGUGGACGAACCAUUUCUAGAUUUGGGAAAGGCUUUCCAGUCCCAACAAAAAGAGAUAGACAACAGCAAGGAGGCCUGGGAGAUGCAUGAAUUUCUGCCUCCCGGUCUGCAGGAGAUGGAUGAAGAAAGAGAAAUGCUGGUGGAUGAGGAAUAUGAGCUGUAUCAGGGCCAGUUUCAGUCCAUGGAGUUGUAUCCCCCGGCACACGUUCGAGAGCCCCCUUCCGUGCCCUCCAUGACGGAAUUUCACUUUGCAGCACAGUGGUUACGUGACAGUGAACCACCUGAGUCGGAAGAAGCAAGAGCCUUGAGGACCGUGUAUUCCCAGGAGACCCAGCAGUACGGCUAUUGCCCUGAAAACAUGAUGGAAGAAAACCUCGUCAUGGAUUCCCUACCAUCAGUACCUUCAGCUGAAGGGAACAGUCAGCAAAGCAAAUUUGAUGAUCUGGAAAAUCUUGAUUCAUUAGCCCAAAGCAGUCUGGAUUUAGGUAUGAUUCGCAGUGAGGUCCAGGGGCCGAGCCUGCUUGUUGACCUUCCUGCUGUGACUCAGUGCCGGGAACAAGACCUGCCUCUGUAUCCACUGCCCAGGACGCGGCUUGCUCUGAAGGGCUCAGCACACACAGGAGUGUUGUCUGCCAGAUACGCCACCAGUGCAUGUGAGUUACCCGAGAGAGAAGAAGGUGAAGGAGAAGAAACUCCAAACUUCAGCCACUGGGGCCCACCAAGAAUUGUUGAGAUAUUCAGGGAGCCCAACGUGUCUCUGGGUAUCAGUAUCGUGGGUGGACAAACGGUUAUAAAACGUCUGAAGAAUGGAGAGGAGCUUAAAGGCAUAUUCAUCAAACAAGUCUUAGCAGACAGUCCAGCGGGAAAGACAAACGCCCUGAAAACUGGAGACAAAAUCCUGGAGGUGUCGGGAGUGGAUCUGCAGAACGCGUCUCACGGAGAAGCCGUGGAGGCCAUUAAGAACGCAGGGAACCCUGUGGUGUUUGUGGUCCAGAGCUUGUCACCCACCCCAAGAGUCAUUCCUAACGUGCAUAACAAGGCCACCAAAAGUGCCAGCAACCAGGACCAAGGCAGCCAAGGGAAGAGAGAAAAGAGGCAAGGAGCUGCCCCCCCUCCGAUGAAGCUGCCGCCUCCUUACAAAGCUCCAGCCGAUGACAGUGACGAAAAUGCAGAAGAAUGUGCCCCGACCAACGAAAAAAUCAGGCAAAGAUAUGCGGAUCUGCCUGGAGAACUGCACAUUAUUGAACUUGAAAAGGAUAAGAAUGGCCUUGGACUCAGCCUUGCUGGCAACAAAGACAGAUCUCGAAUGAGCAUAUUUGUGGUGGGAGAUCAGAGUGGCACGGAACCUCUUAGUGAGGAAGACAGCAGCCUUGAAGUGGGCACUAAACAAUUGCCUGGACGUGGAAGCUCCGACCCGGCUGUCCCCCAGAUGAAACAGCAAAAAUAUUCGACAAAAGUCUCCUUCAGUUCUCAGGAGAAACCCUUAGCACCUACUCCAUCAUCCCAGUCUCCAGAUGCGGACUUCACAGACGAUGGUGGUUUCCAGCCUCCUCUGUCAGUGGACCCUGCAACGUGUCCCAUUAUCCCUGGACAGGAAAUGAUUAUAGAAAUAUCCAAGGGCCGUUCAGGGCUUGGUCUCAGCAUUGUGGGAGGAAAGGACACACCCUUGGAUGCCAUCGUGAUACAUGAAGUGUAUGAGGAAGGAGCGGCAGCCAGAGAUGGGCGACUGUGGGCUGGGGACCAGAUACUAGAGGUUAAUGGGGUCAACCUGAGGAGCUGUCGCCACGAAGACGCCAUCAGCGCUCUCAGGCAGACGCCCCAGAAGGUGCGGCUGGUGGUGUACAGAAACGAGGCCCAUGGCAGGGACGAGGAGAACCUGGAGAUCUUCCCUGUGGAUCUGCAGAAGAGAGCCGGCCGCGGACUGGGCCUGAGCAUCGUCGGGAAACGAAACGGAAGCGGAGUGUUCAUUUCUGACAUUGUGAAAGGCGGAGCUGCAGACCUGGACGGACGAUUGACUCAGGGAGAUCAGAUUUUAUCUGUGAAUGGGGAGGACAUGAGAGACGCCUCACAGGAGACCGUGGCCACUGUCCUCAAGUGUGCGCAGGGCCUUGUGCAGCUAGAGAUGGGAAGACUCCGAGCUGGUUCCUGGACCUCGGCGAGGAAGACUCCACAGCUCAGUCAGGUUGUUGAUGGCUUUCAUCAGACUGACUCCCCUCGCUGCCCCCGGGAGCCAGCUCCCCAGUUCACAGACGAUUGCUUGGAAAGGGGUUUCGUUCAGCAGCCAUCUGGGGACAAUCAGGUUGUGGCUCUUUAUGAAAUAUACAAGCAUUAUGUUUUCUUUCUCUUUCAGGAGCUGGGCGAUGCCCUGGGAAUCAGUAUUGCUGGAGGAAAAGGAAGUCCCUUAGGAGAUAUCCCUGUUUUUAUUGCCAUGAUUCAGGCCAGUGGAGUGGCUGCACGGACACAGAAGCUUAAAGUGGGAGAUCGGAUUGUCAGCAUUAAUGGGCAACCUCUGGAAGGGCUGUCUCACGCGGACGUGGUUAAUCUGCUGAAGAACGCCUACGGGCACGUUAUCCUGCAGGUUGUAGCAGAUACUAAUAUAAGUGCCAUAGCAACUCAGCUUGAAAACCUGUCCACAGGCCACCGCCUUGGUUCACCCACUGCUGAACACCGUCCAGAAGACACGGAAACACCUUCACCUAAGAUUAUUACUUUGGAGAAAGGCUCUGAAGGCUUGGGGUUUAGUAUUGUAGGGGGUUAUGGAAGUCCCCAUGGAGACCUGCCAAUUUAUGUCAAGACUAUAUUUGCAAAGGGGGCAGCUGCCGAUGACGGGAGAUUAAAACGAGGCGAUCAGAUUUUAGCUGCUAAUGGCAAGACCCUGGAAGGUCUUACGCAUGAGCAAGCAGUUGCCAUUCUGAAACACCAGAGGGGGACUGUCACCUUAACUGUGCUGUCGUGAGCCUCAGGUCCUCAUCACAAAACAGAUGUCAUGUGGAAUAUGCCUAGUAAGCUGAAGUCCUGGGUGGGGAUGGACCGCCACCACGUCUAAAAUCCACUUUGAUUUUUAGCAUCACAUCCUCUCUGCUCAGGGGAAAAGGCUGAGGUUUUAUGUGAAUUUCCCAAAUCAGCAGUCAUCUCCUAAUGUGUCCCAGCUUCUGUCACCUCUUGGCAAGGUUAUUUUCUAACCUUUGAAUGAGUCUUACCCAUGCUGCAUUUAACACCAGUGUUUGCCAGCUAGCAGUAACGGUUCUAAUUAUAUUUGUGGAAACUGGAGUUGAUGACCUCUCUUUCCUAACCCCCUCCUCUCCCUGCCCCUUCCUCCUCACAGGGAGGCUUAGGAGCAACCUCAGAGCUCAUCGAUGAACAGAAACAAAUGUUAAUCAACUAGUCAUCUCACUUAUGAUUUACUUAGGCUAAUUGCCUCUUCACGUAAGCCAGAAAACAUUAGCAGUGUAAUUAACUUACUAGUGAUCCUCGGGAAGAAAUACCACGUUCUCCUGUGGGAAAUUACUGUGCUGUCUUCUCUAUGACUUAUAGUCAAAUUAGUCUCAAGUUCACUUCUCUGGAUAGAUCUUUAUAUGUUAGUCUUUGGUGAUUUUGAUGAGUCAGUGUGCAGACUGUUAGCCUCUAAAAAGUCCUGAAAGGCUAUCUCACUGCUUUCUGGGCUACCUACAUGCAUCCCACUGAGCAAAUACACCUGACUCUCAACACGAACAGCUAGUUAGCUGCUAACUAGCUGCUCUGGCGAUGCAAGUUACGUUCAAGUUCAAGAAAGUUCGUUUGCAAUUAAUGGCUGGUCAGUAGCAGCAACAUUCCCCACCCCCUCAGUCUGCAGUCAGAGAGGUGGAUACCCCAGAAGCACACUACACAUCAGCAAGCUUUGCCUCAUGACACCCAGGGUUUAGGUGGCCUUGGCCUUGUGCCAAGUAGAGUGACAUUUGUGAUUACCCUUCCCUUUACCUCCACACCAGUCAGUCCCACAGCACAGACUACAGGCGCCUAGUUGGAUGGCGUGCUUAGCUGCAGAAUGACAGAGCCCAUCCCCUGAGCCCAGGGGUCAGUGACAAAAACGCUUGGCUGGUUUUUCCUGGUGUCCAGGGACCCUCUGAUUUGCUGAAGUUUUGCAUGCUAAGAAAGCAGCUACAGCAGAAAACAUAAAAUAGGAAUACCUUUAAAAUUGGUCAAGGGGAUUCUUAUUCACAUAUUAGCAGGAAAAGAGGAGAGAUGCUUAUCAGAAUCUUCUAUUUAAAAAAAUACCAUGAAGAAUGAGGUUCCGGGGUCACUAACAGAAAUGGUUCAACACUUUCUAACUAUACUACAGUGCUGCAAAUCUUUCAUGUAAUUAUUGAAAUUUAAUGGGCUCUAAUUUAAAGGCUAUUUAAUAAGUUUAGAUUUUAAUUGAGAAUUACCUUUGAAUAGAUGUAAUCACAAAGUGCAUUAACUCUUGUUGGAAUAUUUUAUGGUUAUUCCAAGGUGUAGAGUGCCUAAAUUUUAUGUUGAAAAUGUAUUUCAUGACUGCUGGUAAGUUUUCUGAAAUUCCAUAUAGCUUUUGAAAUGUCUGAUGUGUUCGUGGUACACAAUGUUGUUAGGAUCUCGUCUUUAAAUGCGUGAGAAGCUGCCAACCUCAGAACAUUCUGUUGAUUGUAUCUGUAAGGACACGUCUAGCAAACUUGAAAAUGCGUCUUCAAAGCAUACACACAUGUAAAACUUCUGAAAUCUGAUUCUGCUUGAUUUUGGUGGAAUGACCAUUAAAUAUGCAUUUUUAAGUAA